AUGACGGAGUGCCGCUGCUGGCACGACAUCGCGGCUACUCAGUGUACUACCCGUCCGACAGAUGGCACCGGCUGCGACAUGCGCCGCUCGCCACCUCCUCAGUCUGUCUGGCUCCCUGUCUCCGCAGUCGCCACGACGCGCUGGCACAUUCGAACACUUGGUACCACGCUUCUUGCUGCAGUGCAGGCAGCCGACACGGUUUUAUCACAGAGCCUCGGUGAACGACGCCUUCGACCGCCAGCAUGUGAAGACAAAGCCGCGGCGCGCUGGGUGACACUUUCUCGAAAGGAGAGAGGUAGCAGGCUGAUCCAGGCAGCUAAGCAGGGAGCAGUGGGGGAGAUGCAGGCACUGUUCACAGCAGGGGCAGACGUGGGGGCUAGGGGCUCGGAGGGGACGACUGCUCUGCACUGGGCAGCAGUGGAGGGACGCGUCGAGGUGGUGAGAUGUCUGGUAGAGGGUGGAGCACAUGUGGACGCCAGGAGCAACUCGCAGAACACGCCUCUGCACACAGCCGCAAGGAAUGGCCAUGCAGCUGUGGUUCGCCUGCUGGUCGCGGCCUCAGCUGACCUCAACGCCAGGAAUGAGGAUGGGCAGACGCCGCUACACAGGGCCGCUUUCUAUGGGCACCCAGAGGUUGUGGCUGUGCUGCUGGAGGCAGGAGCUGACAAAGGAGCGAGGAUGACAGUGGGGCCACCCAACGUCAUAUCGCCAGGCAGAAAAACAAUCAGUAGUUGGUAG